GCUCUCGAUAUAUCUAUUUUCGCGGUCGCGAAUAAUUUGUAUUAAUAUCCAAAACUAUUGAAUAAAUAAUUACGAAUAGAAAUGAGUGCUAUUAGAAGCUUUUAACUUCCUUGACUUAUGCCGGCUGCAACAUUUAUUUAACAAAUCUUUAUGGCUUUUGCGCGUCGAUGAACAGUUAAGUUCCGCGCAUUAGUUAAAUGUGUAAAGUGAAAUUGUGAAAUACAAGGCUUGUGUUUAAUAUUCUGGUAAGGGCGUCGUUAGAACAUUAAGUUCCACGCUUGCAAAACUUAAAUAUAGCACAAUAUUUCCACAAUAUCAGUUUGUGCUUCCAGAAGACUAAGACGCCACGGAGCGUCUCUGCAGCUAACUGUAAUCUUCUGUAUGUAGCACGCUGUAUGCGGCACAAACAAACACAUACAAUCAAAAUUAUACCCGUGCAUAUAGCGUGUGGUGAAAUUACAACAGUGUGGUGCGUAUAACGCACAUCUAAAGUACAGUCACUAAGCGUGAGUGCAGCGUUGAGAUUAGAGUGCUCUGUGUUCUCUGCACGUCUCGAGGAAUCUGUCCAAUCAAGGCUGUGAGUAGGGGCAUAGCUCGCAUUAGCAAAUAAAAUUCCCCCAUCGGAACAGAAAACUCGGGUGCCAGAACGCAGAUCUUUAAUUACCUGCCUCCGCUUAGAUAUCACCAACCAUGAUCGGGCACGAGCACAACAACACAAAGUGCGGCUAUUGCAAAAAAGAACGUACUAGCACCGGCAUAUCAAGCUGGGUGCAAUGCGAUAUAUGCAAAGCAUGGUACCACUUUUCGAGCGCUCGUGUUAAUGAGGAAAAAAACGAAACGGGGUGGGCAUGCCUCCACUGUGAGCUCAACGACAUUCCAUGUUCCCGCGAUGAAACUGAAAAAACCUUCACAGUUUCUAAAAAGAAAUACGAGUCAUGGGUAAUAGUGGAGCUCCUAAUUGACCUGGUAGUAUCGGAAGCGGAUAACGCAACUACACAGGUUUCUACCGUUGUGAGGCCAUCAAAAGGUUUGGCAGUAACACACAACGAAGUCCAGUACUCAUCUGGCACAGCCACACUUAAGCAAAAUACUACAGCUGAUGCUCAACUAGAGAAAAUGGGUUUGAAUGAGGAAAGAUCAACAACCGUAAAUAAUAAUAUGAAUACGGGCGUAUCUAAUAACAUUCUAUUAUUACAGAUGCUAGAAGAGAAUCGAAAUGCUGAACAAAAAUACGAUAUACUUUCACAACAGAGUGGAGCGAGUUCGGAUCUAAUGUCCACAUAUGUGGGUCCUACUAGCGCACAGUUGGCGGCGCGCCAAGUAUUACCAGCGGAUUUGCCAACCUUCAGCGGCAAUCCGGACGAAUGGCCCACCUUUAUCAGUGCGUUCGAGAACAGCAGCGCUGCUGGUGAGAGAAAAACUUCUUUUACCGUCAAUGGUGCCUGAGAAUACAGGCACAUUAAAAACAUUCUUCGGACGCCCGGAACAAAUUAUUGAACGCAUCAUUGAAAAGGCAAAAAAUAUAUACAUACACAAAGACAAGUUGGACUCACUUAUCGACUAUGCAAUAUUAUUUUAUGGAAUUGGCUCUAGUUAUGUUGAGUAUGUACAUACUACAAAUUUGGAGACCGUCGAAAAAAAAAAAUAUUACAACAUAUCGUAUGUAUGAAAAAAACAACGAAAACUAAAGUUAUUAAUGAAAACCCUAAUGCCAAUCAAAAAGCCUAUUAUUUUAAUUUUAGAGUUGUUUACAAUCAACAACGAUGAUAUAGAAAAAAUCUUAUUACAGUAUAAUAACAUACACCUAAUAAAAAAAUGUUGACAGAACCAGUUUUGGUCGGAUGUAAAAUCAUAUAUACAAGUACUUGUAGUCCAUAUAGCAGGCAAUUAUCAAUUUUUAGAAUUGGCAUCCUUUGCCCUUACUUUGUUGUCAUUACCUUGCUCAAAAGCGGAAGUUAAGCAUGUGUUCAGCCAAAUGUGGACGUUGAAUGCAAUAUUGUGCAUCAGAUUCGGGUUACGUCGGUAUGGUGCAUGCUACAUAACGUAUAAACUUCCAGAAAAAUAUCUUAAAAUUGUAGGCACAAAUGCGUCAUACAACAAUGACGCAGACGUCAAUGAUGCUAAAAUUGACGAAUUCAUAAUAAAAAUAAUUUUUUGUAACGACGCAUUGACAUU